AUGCGUCUCUCGCUUGCUUUCUCCCUGGUGCCUCUGGCCGUCUCUGUUGGUGCUAUGUCCGUUACCGAGCCCAAGAAGGGUGUCGAAAUCGAUCCUUCAACUUCCUUCGAUGUGAAGUGGACCUCCGUUAACACCGAUGUCUCGAGCUUCGACAUCUACAUCGUCAACAAUGCCGUCUAUCCCCCUGUCAACAAGAAGAUCGCGUCUAACAUCAAGACCUCUUCUAACUCCUACACCGUCGAUAGCGUCGAUAUUUCUGCUGGCCACGGCUACCAGAUUGACCUGAUGUCCGACGCUACCGAGAAUACCGGAAUCCUCGCCCAGUCCCAGCAGUUCAACGUGACCAGCUCUGUUCAGAGCUCUUCCACUAGCAGCACUUCUACCUCUACCUCCACCAAGGAGUCGUCCACCAAGAGCUCUACCACCAGCACUAUGAUGACCACCACCUCUACUGGUUCUUCCACCGGCACUUCCACCGGCACUUCCACCGGUACUUCUACUGAGACUUCUACUGGUACUGCUGGUAUGACCACGACUCCUGCCGCGUCUGGUACUCCCAUUAGCGGUUCUUCGACCAGCAUGACCGCUAACGGAACUUCGUCGGCAGCUCCUACCGGUUCUACCGGCGCUGGUGCCGCUCUUGACGCUCACCCCGUCGUCGCUGCCGGCUUGUUCGCCGGUGCCGUUGCUUUUGCUCUGUAA